CGGCGCCCAGUACUACUGAACUCACCCCUCUACAGAAUGUAUAUGCGGCCUGGCGGCGGCAGCUAUCAAGGUGAAGCCAAUGGAGAUGACACAAAAAAUGGCCCCCCAAAAAAGAGAGUCACAAAGUGCCUCAAUGAACUAUUCUCCCUAGUCCAGGGACUAGGUGGCACUGCAGUGGUCCGGACCUACAUAGACCAGCUAGCACAGGUACUCAGUGCACUCGUUGGGUGGAGUAAGAUAGAGAAGUGUUGGAGCAGUGGUGGCUGCGGUGGCGAUAGCAAACCACACGGCCAAGAAAGUAGCUGCACGUAUCUCAAGGAUGUAAAGCAUGAGAACAAAUGCGACAAAUGUAAAUGUAUGAAAUGGGAUGUGAAAGAGGCGGAUGAUGAAAAGAAUGGACACCAUCUAGGCAGGGGGUGCAAGAAAUGUGCCUCUGAUGAGGAGGCGAAGAAGCCGUGUAGUUGUAGUGGUGAUUGUACUGCUGAGACUUGUAAAUGCGCUCUAGCAGGCAAAUGUUGCAAGUGUUGUUGUAAGGAAAAGUGUACCAAGUGUAGUGAUAAGUGUAGCUGUAUGGAAACGCACAAGAAUACCCUUGGAAUUUUUGAACACAAAGACAGCUAUAGAUCUGCAUACCAAGUAGAGCUAGUAUAUCACGGAAUUGUUGGUAAUGAAUACCUAGUAUGGCCAAAGUGGUCCGAUAGAAAAACUAGUAAAAAGCGAGCGGUGGCUGCACGUAACUUACUAGGCUCAGUAUGUCUCAUCUGGAGUGGCAUUACUUAUAUGUAUUGGACUGGAAAGUACCAUUCCAGUAGCCCCCGCUGGAACAAUCAUAUCCUGGAUGGUACGGGUCUAGAUGACGGUACCCUAUCCCAAUGGCUUCAGGCCUUAGGGUUUCCUAAGGCAAUGCUUAAUAAUAGUGGGCCACAGAAUCGACUUGACAAGGUCAUAUGGGAUGGGAUUAUGGAUAAGUUAUAUUUGGGAUUUCCGAAUACUGGUACUGGUAGUGGCAAUGGUGCUAUCCAUGGCCAUGACAACAAUGCUAAUACAUUCAGACAACCAGCUGGUAUGAACUAUGCUGGAUAUAUACAUACCGUAGACAAAGGUGCAUUUUGCAGUAAAGGUAAUGUCUUCAAUAAUGGCAGCUCUAGUACUAGUGAAGAAAACACCAACAAAUGUGGUGCCUUGUACAAACUCUAUAUUCUAUCAUGUGCCUAUUUUACUGGGUUACAGCAGAAGGCUCUGCCGAAGGCGGAAAAUAAAACUCCCAAGACCAUCCGUGAGAUCCUCUACUGGCUCAGUGCAUUGCCCUAUAGUCCGGCAUACCCAAAGAUACUGGAGCAUUCCAAGGAUAAACUUAAGAAGGUGGCGCCAAAAAAUGAAAAGAACACCGAAACGCUAUCAUUCCUUCAAACAGGCCGUUCAGCUCCAAUUACCGUUGAUGAAUUCAACCUCUUUGCCCACUUCCAAGCAGUGACUCAGUACUGCCCCCUGGUCCUCAUAGGUAUCCAGGGUGGACUUAAAGGCACUAACAGUACUACUCCUGCCAUUCACUCCCUCUACGCUAACACUGCUUGCAACUUCACCUAUCCCACUGUGUCCAUCCAAGCAUACAACCAGGUGGUCCACUACAUUAGGGCUCUGUUCUACCAGUUGUACUUCCUAAGGAAGCAAUGUGCCAUGAAAGUGGCUCUAGGAGGCAAAUGGCGUGAGUGUAGGUAUGGCAGUGGAGUGCUUGGGAAGGAUGUAGUUAGCUGGAUGUGCCUGGGGUGUGACCCCAUGGAACAUGAUAGGAAAAGUAGGGUAAAGGAGUUGAAGAAGAUAUUGUGGAAAGUGCCUUCAGGGAAGGAUACUCUGGCAGAGAAACUAAAGGAUGUACUGGAGAAGAUUGGUGAAGUAGUGGUACAAUUGGGUAAUGCCCAGGAGGCAUUGGAAACGAAGGAUAAGGAUGUGAUAGAGAAGGUGAAGGAGGCACUAAGGAAGGCUAAGGAGGGACUGGAGACGGCUAAGAAUGGGCUGAAGGAUAAACUAGAGGAGGCUAAGAAGAAACUAGAUGAGCUGACGAAUGGUGGUGGUAGUGGAAUACUAGGGGAGGUAGUAGGGGGUAGUGGACUAGAUAAGGCUAACAAUGGUGAAUAUGAUCCCGGCAAGAACAAGUUAAGUGCUGCUAUCAAAGGAGUACGUGAUGUAUUGGAGGGAUUACGAAAGGGAGUUAUUGAGAUAAAAAAGAAGGAGAUAGAGGAGGCCAACCAGGUACUAGGUGACAUUAUAGGUGUAGUUAUCGAAGAUAACGAGGUAGAAAACGUCAUAGAACAGGGGAUUUCCCAAGAGUACACCACACUUCUCGAUGCCAUCAACAAGCUCAUCUCCAUCUGCAACUCUCCCAAGUGCCCACCGUGCCAUGAACACGCCAAGAAGUGUGGCAAGCAAUCCAAUCCCACUGUCUGUCAGACCUGCCUCCAACCCACUACCACCGGUGUUCCCUCCCCCCUCCAGGCAUUCCUCGAGGAUCGGUUACCAGGGUUUAGUUGUGACGUAGUACGAAACACUGACACAGACACAGACACAGUGUAUCCACCCGCUGCAUCCCACUUAGGCCACUGUAAUGGUUCCGGUCAGUGCUGCCCAUUGCCAAUGGGAUUUAGAGGGCAAUUCUAUAGUGGCAUCCGUGAUAUGACUGGUGCACAACUCUAUGGCAUCCUGUACUUCUUUAGUAAUGAGAACAUGAUGCAGUCUUGUGUCUAUACAUUGGUGAGAGUAACAGCAGCUCUCAGUGCUACGACACCACAGGUAUUGGGUGACGUCUUUGGGUUCUUUAGAGGGGGUGUAGGAGAGAAGGACAAGGGAAAGCCACAGAAAGGGGAUGGACAGGACAAGCCAUGUGAGCACCAAGGGGAUCCAAGUGACACAUCUGAGGAGAACAAUAGUAAAUACUUUUGCGGCUGGUGCGCCUCUGGAUUACGGGAUGAGGUAAAGAAGAUAGAGUGGAUACCAUUUGACACUAAACCAGGUGGACAAUACAUGGACAAAGUCGGUACAGCACUUAUAAAUAUUAAAGGUGAUAAGGGCAGUGCUCAACAGCCAGGCACUACCUCCCUCUCAAGACUCACUGACGGCAACCACUACGUAUCCCCCCUAACAGGUGAACUCUAUACCGCAGUGAGUGCCACAUUCGGCGGAACAUACCUCUCAUGGGUACUAUAUCUAUCAGAUGCACUUGAAGGUGGAUUGAAGUCACUGGCCAGUGCUUUCCAGGAAAUUGAAUGCCGGGGCUGUAAGGGACAGUGUGACCCCAAUAAGUGCAAGAAGGGGAGUCAUGGUGGGACGGAUAGUGCACAAUGUAACUGCCAAUCAAUUGUAUCAUGUACCGGGGUACUACCCGUAUUGUAUAGACAUGGCUUCAGCUACGGUAAUCCAUUCAAUCUGGAGGGGUAUGAGCAGAGGGAUGGAGACAAGGAUGGACAGUAUGACAUUGAAAACAAGCAUAAUCCUAGACGUUGCCAUCAAUUCCUAGAGAGUCUCACUGCAGUGAUUGACAAGAACAAGCAGGAAGGCGCCUCUCAGGACAACCACCCCCUGACAGAACUCCUAAAGCAGGUCGGCCAGCUCCAAUACGACAUACGGCUCCCCUGGAUCUUUGUACUGACCAUAGCAUGGCUAGCAGCGGUACUUUACCUUGCAUUUGGUGCCAUAUGGCCACUGGACUGGUCACAUAUGAGGUCACAUUUGUUACGGGGUGGAGAACACCAGUGGGAAUCAAUGUGGUAUAAGGUGAUGACGGGGAGGAAGGGAAUGGAAUUGGUGGAGUAUUUUGAUCAAUGUUUGCUAGUUAUUUCAGUGAUGGUUUAGUAGUAUUUUUAGUAAAGAUUUAGCACGGAAGUGGUA